CAGCCGUAAACAAUUUCCAACAGUGGCCUUCACCGAUCUUAAUCCUACGACUGACAUUUGACACGGUUUAUUGUAUAUUAUUAGUGAUUAGCCGGGCGUUUUAAAAUAAUUUCGUAUUAAAUUACGUCAUUGUACUCCGUGUCGUUUACGCUCAGUGUUAUCGAUAUCCACACUUAGUGCCAUCGUUAUUUUCCGCGUCAAUUUGUUGUCGUCAUCAUUCGUGCGUUACUUUACCCUAAGUAGAGAAAGAGAGGUUAUUUUUGGCGAUGGGAAACGUUCAUACUUGCGGUCCGAAUGAAGCUCUUGUGGUAUCGGGAGGAUGUUGCGGCUCGAUGAGAAAGAGGACCAUCGUCGGUGGAUACGCAUUCACCUGGUGGUUUGUCACUGAUGUGCAGCGACUGUCGCUGGAGGUGAUGACUCUGAAUCCGGUGUGCGAGAGCGUGGAAACGGCGCAGGGCGUACCCCUAACAGUCACCGGAGUAGCGCAGUGCAAAAUCAUGAAGGCCGACGAGUUGUUGCACACUGCCAGUGAACAGUUUCUUGGGAAGGGCGUCCACGAGAUCAAAACAACUAUUUUAUCCACCUUGGAAGGUCACUUACGAGCUAUAUUAGGAACGCUUUCGGUGGAGGAAGUCUACAAGGACCGAGAUCAAUUUGCAGCUCUUGUACGGGAAGUUGCCGCGCCGGAUGUUGGUCGUAUGGGCAUUGAGAUCCUCUCAUUCACGAUAAAGGAUGUUUACGAUGAUGUUCAGUAUUUGACAUCUCUAGGCAAAGCUCAGACAGCUGCUGUUAAAAGAGAUGCUGAUGUUGGCGUCGCCGAAGCAAAUCGAGAUGCCGGUAUUAGGGAAGCAGAAUGUGAAAAAUCAGCAAUGGACAUAAAAUAUAAUACUGAUACGAAAAUAGAGGACAACGCAAGACUCUAUCAAUUGCAGAAAGCUAACUUUGAUCAGGAAGUAAACACAGCUAAAGCUGAGGCUCAAUUGGCUUAUGAACUUCAAGCAGCGAAAAUAAAACAGCGGAUACGAAAUGAAGAGAUACAAAUAGAAGUCGUGGAAAGGCGCAAACAAAUCGAAGUCGAGGUGCAAGAAGUCCGCCGAAAAGAACACGAACUUCAGAGCACAGUACGAUUACCAGCCGAAAGAACUCAGACUGUGUACGUGGCGAAAGCCGAAGCCGAGAAAAUUCGAUUAAUCGGAGAGGCCGAGGCUCAUGCUCUCGAAGCUGUCGGUAUAUCGGAAGCAGAACGUAUGCGAAUGAAAGCAGUGGUUUAUAAAAAGUACGGUGAGGCGGCUAUACUGAAUAUCACUCUGAAUGCCUUGCCAAAGAUUGCAGCCGAAGUCGCGGCGCCAUUGGCGAGAACGGAAGAAAUUGUGCUUCUCGGCGGAAGCGACGCGACUAGCGGAGAAUUUACGCGUCUCGUAGGACAAGUACCUCCAGCUGUACAAGCAUUGACUGGUGUAGAUCUUUCCAAAGUAUUAGGAAAAAUACCAGGCGCAAAGUAAUGCUGAACGGUGUGAGUUAAAAGACGGCGACUGGGCGAACGAACUUGGAAUCAAUUUGAGAAAGGUGCAAAAUCUAUACUGCCAAAGGUUUCUCUUUUGCUGUAUUACCUAUCGACGAUACUCUCCCCUUUUUUCCUCUUUCCUAAAUUUUGCUCUACCUCAAGUUUAGCCGAAACAGCGAAUCUGCAUGCCAGCAGACACGCUUUGUUACCCCUUAUCGCGCAAAUGAAAUCAUUUUACUUGCUCGCGUAAUAUUUGCGCGUUUUUUAUUUUACACAAUGCAUACAGUGUGCGAUAAUAUUACAUUUCGUUGUUAAAUCAUUAUAAUCAUGAUUUAGAAGACGAGCGAUUAGCGCGAUAUACUUGAUUACGUAUUCACAAAACGCGACAAUCCAAAAAUUUUGAUAUACCUUGUUCCAGUUAUAAAUAUUGAUAAUUUUUUUCAAUUCGUGAAAAAGCACUGCCCAUGGCUGGUGCCUAAAACAGAAACAAUUAUGAAUGUAUCACAAUGAUAAUCAGCUGUUAAUGGUAGCAUAACUCCACAGGAACUUUUUUACUUAUUUUGAGAUCCUAAAUUCAUAUUUUAAGUUAGAGCAUAUUUAAUUCUGAAAUAUUCUGUUAAAUUUUUAUCAAGUUGCUAAUAUUACGUCCUAAGAAACUAUUCCGCUUCUGCAAUAAGCAACAAUUAUUAAAAGAAUGAUAAAAAGAGAAGAGAGAAAAUUUAAAAAGUAAAAUUAUAA